AUGCGGAGGUUCCUCUGCCGCCGCUGCUACCGGCUGAAGCACCUCUCGCCCACCGACCCCGUCCUCUGGCUGCGCUCCGUGGACCGCUCGCUGCUGCUGCAGGGCUGGCAGGACCAGGGCUUCAUCACGCCGGCCAACGUGGUCUUCCUCUACAUGCUCUGCCGGGACGUCAUCUCGGCCGAGGUGGCCAGCGACCACGAACUGCAGGCAGUGCUGCUCACCUGCCUGUACCUCUCCUACUCCUACAUGGGCAACGAGAUCUCCUACCCGCUCAAGCCCUUCCUGGUGGAGAGCUGUAAGGAGGCCUUCUGGGACCGCUGCCUCUCCAUCAUCGACCUCAUGAGCCCCAAGAUGCUGCAGGUCAACGCCGACCCGCACUACUUCACCCAGGUCUUCGCCGACCUCAAGAAGGAGAGAAAACACUUGGAAGGGAACAGCCUGGAUGUUUGCAGUCGGAUCUGCGCCGCUGCCCCUGGCCUGGCGCGGACGGACGUGCCCGGAGUUGCUGUUGAAUAG